AUGGAUAUCGGAGGGGAAGACCUUUCCAUCCGCCUUCGCAGGCCUACCCGGGGCCUCUCCCAAGGUGCGGAUAAGGAGGAGGAGGAGGAGGAGGAGGCGGACAUGAACGUGAACGUGGACGAGGAGAAGGGCCAGGACGAGGAUAAGGAUAAGCUUGGCGGAAACCGUCCGGGCAAGUGCAACCGCAAGCGCAACCGCAAGCGCAACCGCAAGCGCAACCUAAAUGGUGCUUCUGGUCUUGACCCAGAGCUGUACGGAAGUGGCCCACAUUCAAAGCUUUUUACAUCCUUGGUAAACACUAUUACGAAGUUGACGGCGGAGAAGGUUGCCUUGCAAGAAGAAUUACAACGUGCAGAGGCCAGUACAUCACCUGAUGGCGAGAACGAUGAAAACCAACUCACUCAAGAAGGACCAGAGCCCCAUCCCAUAUACGAGACUUUCCAUACUGUAGAUUGUGGAAAGGAGAGACAAAGCUUCAGAGAUGUACCACGAAAGUUCAAAGGGGAUGUAAAGGACGAUCACCUCCGUGGCCGCGAUGAGGUUGAGAAUAUUACCAAAUAUUUUCAGGAUCACACUGCAACUGCGUUCGCGAGCAUCCAUUUCUACUCAUGUGACCAAUAUGAAGCCCAUGGGUCCCUCAGCUCUAUUGGUUACAAAACUGGAAAACUUGUCCGUGAUGGACCUCCUGCGAAAUCUGAAAGUCGGAUUAUCGCCAUUGGUGAAAGGCUCGUUGAAGCCUUGAAAACCAUAAUAUCGUCAAAUCCAAGCCGCUUCCCAGGAUACUCGACCGAUGAUAUGCCCUGGUUCUUUUACCCCCCAUAUUCUCUGUUUUAUGUCCAUAAUAGGACUUUGACAGAACUUUUAGACUCUAGUAGUCUCAAUGAAGGAGACCGCGCCCGACUUAGGCUUCUUUGCGAAUGGCUCGAAAAGGAUUCGGGUGCUGACUGGAAAGAGGCCGACGACCUACUCUCCAGAGGCAAAAUCAAUCAGAAGCACUACCGCAAACUUUUUCGACCAGACGAAUUGAUGUUAGUGCAAGAUGGAGAUGGGGUGACGAGUGCAGCCAAAGUCAACCUGUGGCCCCAGUACGCGGAUGGUGACGAUAUAAUUGGUUUCCAAUGGUGUUUCAAUGGAGUAUUCAGGAAGGACAAGCUCAGAAUUGCACGUUUGUAUCAAACCAAGCUCAAACCAUCUGACAAAGAAACAGAUAUUACGUCCUUGGAAUAUUUUCCAUUACGGUUCGCAGGUCCUGAAGUCUAUGGCAAGCUUCUGGCUCGUGGGGAAAAAUUUUGGUCAUGUCGCAAAAAGAGACUCAUUUGCCAUAAAGAUACAGACCAGUCGCAUUCGAAGGAGGCAGAGCGACGAAUCAUGGUUGACUACCAAAUGUACAGACGCAUAUAUAAGGAUAAGAUGAUUUUCAAUUCAUCCCGAGACGACUUGGGAGCCGAAGCGAUGGAUAACGAACAACCCCCCGACGGUGACUUUCUUGUGCUCCUGCCUGCGUACAUUCAUGGAUUUGAUCUUCAACAGAAAUUUUGGGUCAAGCUACGAGUCGAUCGAAUAACAGACGUCACCUGGAACAAAGAUGUGUUCGAGCGAUUGGUGGUACCCUACCAAACGAAAGAGUUGAUGCAGGCUCUAAUAACAGCGCAAGCGACUCGUAGCGCCCCCGACAUGAUAGCUGGUAAAGGCAAUGGUCUUAUAAUAUUACUACAUGGCGGACCGGGUACAGGGAAGACGUUGACAGCAGAGAGCAUUGCUGAGCUUGAAGAAAGGCCUCUCUAUCGUGUAACAUGCGGAGAUAUUGGAGUAGAGCCGGGGGAUGUGGAGACAUAUCUGAAUGCUACAUUGGAGAUCGGUAAGGCUUGGGGUUGUGUUUUCCUCCGUGCGCUGGAAUACUACGACGGUAUCAUGGUCCUGACCACCAAUCGGGUCGGCACAUUCGACGCGGCCUUCAAAUCCCGGAUUCAACUUGCACUUCAUUACCCAAAUCUCGACCAGGAACAACGUGAGGGGAUAUGGCGAAAUUUCUUCCACAUGUUACGCGGCACUAAAGAACGCAUCGAUUUGGACGACCUGGAAAUGAAUGUGGGAUCCCUCGCUCAGCAUGAAAUUAAUGGACGGGAGAUCCGGAACGUCGUCACCAUGGCCAGGCAUUUAGCACAGUUCCGCAAGGAGAGAUUGGUAUAUCGCCAUAUGCAACACGCUAUCGACACUGUGAUCAAGUUUGACAAAUACCUACAGGAGGUCAAAGGAUGCUCAGAUGAUCGAUGGGCACGAGCAGAUGGGUUGAGAUAA